UCACUUCUUCCCCAAUUCAUUCACAUUCACACAAAAAAAAAUUUGAUGCAUACACCGCCAAUGGAGUGGAUCAGGGGUCAAGAAAUCGGUCACGGAACCUUCGCAAAGGUCACUUUAGCAAAACCCACAAGUCAAAACUCGCGUUUCCCGCCAUUAAUGGCGGUCAAAUCAUGUUCUUUGUCACAUUCAAGUUGUUUGAAGAACGAGUUUAUGAUGUUGAAUGAACUCAAAGACUGCCCGGAGGUUGUUGAGUGUUACGACCAGUGUAUCACGGUCGAAAACGGUGAGAAGUUGUAUAAUGUUGCGUUGGAGUAUGCUUCUGGUGGAUCUUUAUUCGAUAAACUGAAGAGUUCGGAGGGUUUAAGGUUGUUGGAAUCUGAUGUUCGGAGGUAUACAAAAUCGAUAUUAAAAGGUCUUCAGUUUAUUCAUGAAAAACAGAUUGUUCAUUGUGACGUCAAGCUCCAGAAUAUUCUGUUGUUUUCGGAUGACAAUGUUAAGAUUGCAGAUUUUGGGUUAGCAAAAAGGGCGGCGGCGGUUGAGGUGUUUAAGACCGUUAAACCGAAGUACGAGGAGGUACGAGGUACGCCGCUUUAUAUGGCGCCGGAAACAGUUGUCGGUGGGGAACAAGAAACGGCGUCGGAUAUAUGGGCAGUUGGCUGUUUAGUGUCAGAGAUGUUGACCGGAGUGCCAGCUUGGAAUUGUUCCGACAUUGGUUCGCUUUUGAUGAAAAUCGGCGUUGGCGCCGAAAUUCCGGAGAUUCCAGGGAAAUUAUCGGACGCGGGAAAAGACUUUUUGGGUAAAUGUUUUGUUAAAGACCCGAGUGAAAGAUGGACGGCUGAGAUGCUUUUGAAGCAUCCGUUUAUUGACGGUGAGGAUGGGGUCGCAAUCAUCGGAUCAACGUCUCCAAGAGAUCCAUUUGAUUUUCCAGAUUGGGAGUCAGAGCAAGCGGUUGCGGAGACUCCGUGUUUUUCGUUGGAAUCGGAGUUUAAGGACGAAGUGGAAACACGGUUGUCGAUGGUGAGUAGGUUGCGGCAGUUUGUGACGGUGGAGGUGCCUGAUUGGUCUGAUUCGGGUAGUUGGGUUACAGUUAGAUGAUGCUAGUAACUUCUGUGAUGUAGAUUUUAAGAACUGGGGUAUUUUUGGUUUUGAAUUUUGGGUUAUGUUACAUAUGAUGGAGAUGUAAAUACAGGUAUACCGAUGGUUUAGAUUAAAAGUGAUUUGAUAAUUUUUGAUGUUAGAAUUGUUUCUUUUGUUGAUUGUAA